CAAAAGUUUGCUGUCAUCGUAUCGUCCGUCCCGUCGUCCGGCGGCCAAGAGAAAAAUAGUUUACUUACUGUUUCAAAUAGUGUUUUGGCUUUUUUAUAUUGUGCUUAUCUUUAAUAACCUCUUUUAAACAUGGCUCGUCGUUAUGAUACUCGUACUACAAUAUUCUCCCCUGAAGGACGACUGUAUCAGGUUGAAUAUGCAAUGGAAGCCAUCAGUCAUGCCGGUACAUCACUCGGGAUACUAGCCACUGACGGCAUCUUACUCGCAGCAGAGCGAAGGAAUACCAACAAACUGCUUGAUGAAGUAUUUUUCUCAGAGAAAAUCUACAAAUUGAACGAUGACAUGGUUUGUUCGGUCGCCGGCAUUACAUCUGAUGCUAAUGUAUUGACAAAUGAGCUGAGAUUGAUUGCCCAAAGGUAUUUACUGCAGUAUGGAGAGUCCAUUCCUUGUGAGCAAUUGGUGUCUUGGCUGUGUGAUGUGAAACAAGCUUAUACACAGUAUGGAGGUAAAAGACCAUUUGGUGUAUCUAUUUUAUACAUGGGCUGGGAUAAACAUUAUGGGUAUCAGCUAUAUCAAUCAGACCCUAGUGGGAACUAUGGGGGCUGGAAAGCUACCUGUAUUGGAAACAAUAGUGCUGCAGCUGUUUCCAGUUUGAAGCAAGAGUAUAAAGAAAAUGAAACAACUUUAGCAGAAGCACAAGCUCUUGCAAUUAAAGUUCUGAGCAAAACCUUAGAUAUGACCAAAUUGACACCUGAGAAAGUUGAAAUGGCCACCCUCACACGGAAGGACAAUAAGACAAUCAUCAGAGUGUUGACCAGCCCCGAAGUGGAGAAACUGAUAGCAGAUUUUGAGAAGAGUGAAGCGGAAGCAGAGGCUGCUAAAAAGCAACAGUCUAAAUCUUAAUUUUCAUUCUAUACUGUAAUAAGUGUUCUUAUCGCAUUAAAUAUUUUAUUUGGUAUA